AUGGCGGCUGAAAUUAAGCCUGCCAUUGGCAAAGCGUCUGGAAAUGUUAGAAAACCCGUACUUAUUAACAAAUUAGAAGGAUGCAACGACAGUAUAAACAUGGCAGUGAUUAUCCCCAAGGAAAAUGGGGUUAUAAGUGUCAGUGAUGACAAAACUGUUCGUGUGUGGUUAAGACGGGACACUGGUCAGUUCUGGCCGAGUAUUUGUCAUGCUGUGGCUGAUGAAGCGUCUUCGAUGGAGUAUAAUGCAGAAACUCAUCGUCUGUUCAUUGGGCUUGACAAUGGAACCAUUUCAGAAUUUAUAUUAUCCGAAGACUUUAACAAGCUGAACCAUGUUCGAGAUUAUAUUGCUCACCAGGGCCGAGUGACCAGCGUAAAGUUCUCGCUGGCGUGCGAGUGGGUUCUCAGUUGUGGUAAAGACAAGUACUUCCAGUGGCACUGCUCGGAAACAGGGAGGAGACUAGGGGGGUACCAGGCGGGGGCCUGGUGUCUUUGUUUGGAGUUUGACGAGCAGUCGAAGUACGGUUUUGUUGGAGAUUACUCCGGGCAAAUCUCAGUACUCAAGAUCGGGCAGAGCAGCUUCCAGCUCAUUACCACGCUCAAGGGACAUUCAGGCAGUAUUCGUUGUUUGUCGUGGGAUGUUGAUAGAAGUCUGUUGUUUAGUGGCAGUUUUGACCAGUCCAUCAUCGUCUGGGACAUUGGUGGCAAACAGGGCACAGCGUUUGAACUGCAGGGGCAUCAUGAUAAAGUCCAGGCUUUGGUGUAUGCCUCUGGUACAAAACAGUUGCUUAGUGGCUCGGAUGACUGCAUUCUAGGACUGUGGGAUAUGGAUGUUAAACGCACAGAGACCCCGGAAUGGGCAGAGAGUGACACGUGUCAGAAAUGUAGUUCACCGUUCUUCUGGAACUUCCGGAAGAUGUGGGACGACAAGCGGAUUGGCAUCAGACAGCACCACUGUCGGAAGUGUGGGAGAGCCACAUGUGCCAAGUGCAGUGCUCAGAAAUCAACCAUUCCACAGCUAGGCUACGAGUACGAAGUCCGCAUAUGUGACGAGUGCAUUUCUACUAUAACGGAUGACGAUCGCGCCCCACUGGCCACGUUCCACGACACGAAGCACAGCAUCAUGUACAUGCACCUAGACGAGACCCGCAAACAGCUGCUCACUGUCGGCAAAGAUAGAAUCAUGAAGUUGUGGGAUCUAUCAAGCGUUAUGCACUGAGAUUAAUCAACACAUCAAAGGAAAUGGACCAAGUAGUUAAAUGUUCUAUGUAUGUUGUCUUGGCAACACUUCCUGUUCACAAAGAAGAAGCUGUGUUUUUAAUUGUUGAGCUUUUUUAACAGAAAAAGAGAACAUUGUUUGGACACAUGUUGGACAUUGUGAAUUCGUUGUUGCUUCUUUCAUCAAAGCAUCAUUCAAGGUUAAAAAACAAAAUUCCACUUUUUAUGAUGGCCAUAGAACUGGAUGUCUCUUGAAUUGCAUGUUGUAGCACUAGUGUUUAAAAGGGACACCACUCUGGCUGAUUCCAUUGUGUAGAGUUAUCUUUUCCUUCAGUCAAUUAAUUUUAUGACUAGUAAUUAUUGUUCUGCUAGGUUGUCCUUUGUAUAUACAUCUGUGUUAGGGACAGAUUUAGUGGGUACAUCUAAGUGCGUUAGGGACAGAUUUAGAGGGUACAUAAAAAUGUGUUAGGGACAGAUUUAGAGGGUACGUAAAAAUGUGUUUGGGGCGGAUUUAGAGGGUACGUAAAAAUGUGUUUGAGAUGGAUUUAGAGAGUACGUAAAAAUGUGUCGGGGACAGAUGUAGAAGGUACAUAAAAAUGUGUUGGGGACAGAUUUAGAGGAUACGUAAAAAUGUGUUGCAGACAGAUUUAAAGGGUACGUAAAAAUGUGUUGGGGAUGGAUUUAGAGGGUACAUAAAAGUUUGUUAGAGACAGAUUUAGGGGGUAGUAUUGCAAAUUUUAGGAACAAUUGGCAAAUUUUAUUUUAAUUUGGCGGAAAAAAAUUCAUGCAAUAAUUGAUAUUUGCUGGAAAAUAACUGAGUUUUGCAUUUUUGGACAUAAUUUGGCAAAAUGUUUUGCACACCCAGAGCUAGCCCUGGUUGGUACAUAAAAGUAUGUUAGGGACAGAUUUAGAUGGUAUUUAAAAGUGUGUUAGGAACAGAUUUAGGGGUUACGUAAAAGUAUGUUAGGGACAGAAGUAGGAGGUAUGUAAAAGUUACGGAUAGCUUUGGAGUAUGUAGGCUAUGUACAUAUGUUGGGUCCUGUAUACUUAAGUGUCGGGGUUCGAUUUUGAAUGGAGGUACUGUGAGGAAAUUGCUCAAUACAGUCAGAAGCCCUAGCCUCUAUUCAUCAUGUACAGUUUUUGUCUCAAUUUAAAAUAGCUAUUUUAGUUAAUAUAAAUGUUGAUUGUAUGUGUCAUAUAUCUGGUGGUUAUAGCACUUAGUUUCUUUCUUGUUGAUUUUUUUUUUUUUUGACAUUCAAAUUGUACAUUAUUGUUAUUCAUUACGGAAGACUGUUUGUUAAUUAGGGCUCAUUCUUACAGAUGUCACCAGGUAUUUAAAAGGGUUUGUUUUCAUAUAAAUGAGCUAGUUAAUAUUUCAUUUUUUUCAAGGCAGAGAACUGUAUUAAGGGAUCUUCUUGAAUUGAUCACAUGGGAUGGGGUGGGAAUACGGAGGCAACAUCAGUAUGUACAGAAAAAAUUUGCAGCAGAAAACAAUAAUUAUGAUGCCUCGUGCCUCCCCCAUGUCAAUUUUGGAACAGCCCUAAGGAAAACAAUUGCCAAAUGAGUGGGAUUUCUGUUUUAAAUUCCCCCCUGGUGACAAUCAUGAUUCUGUUAGGAACUUGUUUGAGACAGUGUUUUUAAUCAUGGUCGUGUUUGAUAAAUCAAAAUAUUGUUAAAACAAAUGGACUAACAUGUUUACAUGGAAACCACAGUGUUUGCUUAUGUAAUUAGUCUAGGAUUUUUUUUUUUUUUAAAGAGUUUUGUAUGGUAUUCUUAUUCCCUGUAAAGUGGCAUUCUAGUACUACGUAAUACUUGAGGGGAAGGGUAUGUCAUGAUAUGUGUUACAAAAUAUAGGGCAGGGGGUGUUUGCCGAAUGCUGAGUAACAUUUUCAAAACAAUGUCUUUUUCUUAUUCAUAAAGUUUAAUGU